AUGCCAACUACCUCUUUGCCAAAUUUCAUCUCUUUUAAAGUUGUUUUGUUCUUUUCUGCUAAAAGAAAUAAGAGAGAGAAGAGAGAGACCCCAGCCGGCCCAGCUGGGCCUCCCAACAGCAGCCGGCCCACCUCCGCGGCCCACCUAAGCCUAACCCUAGACACCAGAGACCGAGCCCAUCCCUCCUCUCGUUCUCUCUCGAUCCAUUUCCCCUCUGCCUCUCGUCCUCCCUCAGCGCCGCCGCGCCUCCUGCCACUCCACCUCCGACCCCACCGGAGCGGCCAACUCCAGCGGCCUCUCUUUCGCCCCGCUGAUCCUCUGCCUCAACUCCGGCCGGAUCGACUCAGUUCCCCGCCGCCUCGCCAAGUCCAUGGAGCCGCCUCCCCGUGCUCCUUCUCCUCGCCUUGUCGUUCGAGGACCAGCGCCGCCGCCGGCGACCACGAGGCGGGAGACCGCCAUGGAUCACCGCCCGAAGCUCUCGUUCCGCCGCCUGCUCUGCCUGGAUCCGGCGAGUCCUUGCGCCUGCUCUGCUCCGCCCCCUCCUGUGCUCCACCUCCGUCGCGCCAAGGCCGCUGCGACCAGGAGCGCUGCUGCCCGUCUUCGUUGCCACCACAGGAGCCCCAAGCGCCAUGGCCUGGGCUCGGCCUCGAGAUCCUCAGCGCCGCCGUGGCUGCUGCUUGCUCCGUCGACCCAGCCGCAAGUUCCAGCCGCCACCAUCUUCUUCCAGGAACGCCAAGUCCGUUUUCAAACGCCUCUGCACCCCCUGCUUCUCCAUGGGUUUUGUUCGUCGUCGCUGUCACCCGAGGCCCUUGUGUUGCUUUGUUCGGACCGUCAAGAUUGACAAGAUCGCCAAGGACCAUACCCGGACCGCCAAGCAUCUUCUCUGUGAAUUUUGCCAAGUACCAGAACAACGCGUCAAGUACCUCUACCGCCGUCUACGGAAACACCAAGUACCCCUACGCGCGAAGACGCCAAGACCGUUUCGGGAUUCACGUGUACCACUACCGCCGUCAAGUUCGACUACCUUCGUGUACCACUACUUCCCUCGGCGACCCGUGAACAACUACUCCCACUACCGUCGAACCCGAGCCACUCCGAAAAUGCACGCUUCGAAGCUUCGGUUUCUUUCCGGAGUUGUGAGGAUUCGUUCGACUACGUCCGCUUGUCUUCUUC